AUGUCGUUUUCGCGUCGGUACUCCGCUCUCCUUGACGAUGGCUCCCAGCUUGACUCCGGCGACGGACAUCGCGAUCACGCUACCAUCACCGCGCCAGUUUUCACUGGCGAAGCACUUGCUCUUGCCGGAGAGAGUACCUUCCCGCAACAUGCACUGUACGGGCGUGUGCUCGCUCAGGAAGCAACAGGCUUUGCCCCGACCAUCCAAUUCUCGGAGGUGCUCGUGAAUUCGAAUGCACCAUUCAGUGCUCUGGUGUGCGGUGUACAAGGAUCUGGGAAGAGUCACAGCACUAGCGUGUUGCUCGAGAGUUGCCUGAUAAAAGAUGACCGUGUAGGAACCUUACCAGCACCCCUAAGCGGACUAGUAUUCCACUUUGACACAGCUGCUGGCGGGGGUGUCGUGCAACCGUGCGAGGCAGCAUACCUUGCGUCAUUGGAUCCAUAUCGAGGCAAGAAUGCUGUACCGCCCAGGGUAACCGUUUUGGUCUUGCCGAAUUCGCUCAAGGCCAUGAGGAAAGUCUAUGCAGGACUACCCGGUGUUGACGUUCAACCGCUCCAUUUCGCAGCACAAGAUAUAAGUGCGGAGCGCCUUCUUUGCAUGAUGAAGGUAGACGGUGAUACGCAAAUGCCUCUCUAUAUGGAAUUCGUCAUGGCUUACCUCCGAUCAAUGGACGAAUUUUCCUACAACGACUUUCGUUGUGCUUUGCAGGAGCAGAGAUUCAACCCUGGCCAGAAGGCCAUGCUAAAUUUGCGUUUGAGUCUGCUUGAUGCGUGCUUGGAGGGGGGAACGGGCGCGAACCGCAUCUCCACGCACUUCGGUCCGGGGAAAUUAGUCAUUAUCGACCUAUCGUCACCAUUUAUGGACGCUGCAUCGGCCUGCGGGUUCUUUGACAUGAUCCUUGGACUUUUCAUCGAGGCAGACGUACGAGCCUCCGGCAAGAUUAUUGUACUCGACGAGGCCCAUAAAUAUCUAACCGAACACGCAUCAUCUUCCCGCCUAACGGAAUCCCUCCUGUCCGUCAUACGGCAGCAACGGCAUCUGGCCACGCGUGUGGUGGUAUCGACUCAAGAGCCUACGGUUGUGCCCAGCAAAUUCCUGGACCUAUGUUCUUUCAUCAUCGCUCACAGAUUCUCGUCACCUACGUGGCUGACGCAUCUGCUGAAGCAUGUCGCGGCCGGAGCGAGCAAUGGGGAUGGGUGGUUCUCGAAGAUUGUUUCCUUGAGAACGGGUGAAGCACUGCUGUUCGCUCCGUCGGGGCUCAGUGUUCGUGAGAUCCCGACCGGAACGAUGGACGGGGUCGAUCAAGCGAUCAGCGUGUCCAGGAAGACUGCGCCGCUUGGGCCAGGUUAUCUGCACGUGAGGUCUCGUCUACGCAUCACUCGUGACGGCGGGCAUUCCAUGCUAGCUGUCCGUGAUCCGGUGCUAAACACCCGGAUCGGACCUGUCGCGUCGAGGACGGAAUCUUCCUCUGCAUCGAACAUUCCGAAUGCGAUACAAAGUUCCAUCCGCACAUCGCAUGCUUGGAAACGCGACGACGACGACGACAGUAUUUCUCGCUCAUCACGGAACUCUUGGGAGAGCUGUCAUUCGCGAACGAUGAGCCCCUUCGCCGCGUCAGCAUCUCCGAGCUCCUUGACUUCGUCCGAGUCUAUCCAAUGCGACGCGGGUUUUUUGCAGCAGCCGCAGGAAACCCUCUCCACUUCCUCUCUGCACACUCCCACCGGCGCUGUUUCCUGGACAGUCACCGCUCCCCAGAACAGCCGUUUUCUGAAGGGAUCAUCAACGACGCCCGAGGCGUCGGACAUGAACACGGUACAUGAUUUCAGGCCGCUCAUAGAGAUCCUUACCCAUUCACCGGAGAAGAAGGCCACCCACAGGAUGUUGAAACAAAGGAUCAGAAUCUCAUACCCAGGCACACUUUCCAAGAAGAAAAAGGGGUUCGCGAAGUAUCUCGAUGCGGCCGUGGCCUCUGGAAUCGUUACUCAGGGUGGCUCAGGAGCAGAGUCUUGGGCGCAGUUGAAGGACGAUAGAGACUUGAUCGACACUUGCAGUUCGUCGCCUUCGAAAGUACCCUCGACAUCGACGUCGCGGGUGAUAAGCGAAUCCGUGCUCGCCAUCUCGUCCAGCCCUUCGAUGGACAGCAAAGCGACACCUGCGCACAUCUCAGAGACUGUCGGAGGUUCUACGUCUCGUCCUCCCGUUCCUUCGGAAUUCCAACCUCUUGUCAACUUCCUCGCCGACAAGAGAAGCGAGCGUGUUUCUUUCACUGACAUCGGGUUAGCAUUGACGAAGAUGCGUCCUAAGCCUUACCAUGGAAAGCUCAAGAAAUAUAUCGAAAAGGCCGCAGACGCGGGCUUGUUGACGUGGGAAUGGAACGGGUCGUAUGGGUGGGCUCAGUUGCAAGAUUGA